GGACUUCCAAUGGAUGCCCCUUCCCCGGUCCGGUCGAUUGCCGAAACCGCAUUGCAACGUGCUCAUGGCACAAUUGCGGGAUUACUUGCACACUGCAGUUCCAACUCCGUUGAUGGACGCCGGAGUAGAGGUUGUCGACCUUCACGCCUACAUUGUGAAGAUCGACCGCGAGUUCAAGACACAACGGUACGACGAGAUCGAUACACCAUUGUUAUAUGUACGCAUUCAGAUCGGAGAGGCGACCUGCGGCGCUUUGAUCAAUUGCGGAGCAUCUCGCAACUACAUGAGCCAGGACUUUAUGGUACGCGCCGGCCUCGGCCCACGCGUCCGGAGGAAGUCCCAGCCGAUGCAAGUCACGUUGGCAGACGGUCACACGCACAAGUCAAUCGACCGAUGCAUUGAUGACGUCCCAGUGUACUUUGCCCCGCAUGCAAGCGAGGCGGUGUCCUUCGAUAUCUUGGACACCAAAUUCGACAUGAUCUUGGGCAUGUCAUGGCUGCGAAGCGAGGAUCACACGGUGAGCUUCUACCGCCGCACCGUUCACGUUCGUGAUCAGAACGGAGUACUAGUCCCAUGCACGGUGCCUACUCCUCACCCUUCGAUCAGCUGCCACGUGGUGUCCGCCGCAAGCAUGCGAGCUUCCAUCAUCAGAGACGACAUCGAGGAGAUGGGGGUGUGUUUUCUCCACGCCCUCCCGCCCCAUGACGCUUCAUCGACGGACUCAUCUUCGGACCCACGCAUCACCGAGCUUCUCGACGCCUACGGCGACGUGUUCGAAGGUCCGCACGGAGUAGUACCGGAUCGGCCCAUCCGCCACGAGAUCAUCCUCGAGGACGGGACCGUACCUCCGCGCGGUUGCAUCUACCGAAUGAGCGAGGAAGAGUUAAGUGUGCUUCGGUCACAACUCGACGACCUUCUGGAGAAAGGCUGGAUUCGGCCUAGCUCAUCGCCAUACGGUGCUCCCGUUCUCUUCGUCCGGAAGAAGAACAAGGAUUUGCUGUUGUGCAUCGAUUAUCGCAAGCUCAACGUGCAAAUGAUCAGAAACGUCGGCCCUCUCGCACGCAUCGACGACCUUCUCGGACGACUACGCGGCGCCAAGUUCUUCUCCAAGCUGGACCGCAAGUCGGGAUAUCACCAACUCGAGAAUCGGAAGAAGGACCGCUACAAGACCGCUUUUAAGACGCGAUAUGGGCAUUUCGAAUGGCUGGUUAUGCCAUUUGGCCUUACGAAUGCCCCGGCCACUUUCCAAGCGGCUAUGACAACGGAGUUCCGACACAUGCUGGAUCGAUUCAUACUUAUCUAUCUCGACGACAUCCUGGUGUACAGCCGGAGUCUGGACGAGCAUGUGGAACACCUGCGCACCGUUUUGGAGCGGCUACGACAAGCCAAGUACAAAGCCAACCGCGACAAAUGCGAAUUCGCGCGGCAGGAGCUGGAGUACUUGGGACAUUAUGUGACGCCGCAAGGCAUCCGUCCGCUUGCGGACAAGAUCGAGGCCCUCCGCGUAUGGCCCGAUCCCACCAACACCAUGGACGUUCGUUCAUUCAUGGGGUUGGCGGGCUACUAUCAGCGAUUCAUCACCGGAUACUCAAGGAUUGUUGCACCUCUGACGAGAUUACAAUCGCCAAAGGUGCCAUUCGUAUUCGAUGACGACGCACGCCGGUCAUUCCAAGCACUAAAGACGGCCAUGCUCAUGGCACUCGUCCUUAGCAUCUAUGACCCCACCGUGCCUACGAGAGUGACAACUGACGCUUCCGGCUAUGGCAUUGGGGCAGUCUUGGAACAACACGACGGCGACGACUGGCACCCUGUGGAGUAUUUCAGCCACAAAGUGCCUCCCAUCAACUCGCUUGAUGAUGCAAGGAAGAAGGAGCUGCUCGUGUUCGUGAUGGCUCUCAAGCGAUGGCGGCACUUGCUCCUUGGGCGUCGUAGAUUCACAUGGUUUACGGACAACAACCCACUGACUUACUACAAGACGCAGGAUACGGUGAGCAGCACGACCGGACGAUGGAUGUACUUCAUCGACCAAUUUGACUUCACACCAAAACAUCUUCCCGGCCUCUCCAAUCGCGCAGCAGAUGCACUCCCGCGAAGACCUGAUCUUUGUGCUAUGACACAUCAUGCCUUCGCAUUCGACGAGGAACUUCAGCGACACUUCAUCCGGGGAUAUGAGUCGGAUGCGGACUUCGCCACGUUGUAUGCGCAGUUAUCUUCGGAUCACCCGUCGGCCAGCCACUAUCGCAUUGCCGAUGGCGACCGCGACACUCGCUUCAUGUCGGCAUUUUGGACUGCUCUCAUGCAGGAGUCCGGCACGAAGAUGAAACCAAGUUCGGCUCGGCAUCCACAGACGGACGGGCAAACGGAGCGGGCACAUCAAACCGCUCAAAUGAUACUUCGUACGCUCAUCCGUCCGGACCAGAAAGAUUGGGAUGACCGCCUCCCUGACAUCGAGUUCGCCUACAACACUUCGGUGCACCCGGCGAUCGGCGUGACUCCAUUAGAGUUCCACCACGGUGGACGGAAAGGCCGUAUCUUCGCCGACCUUCUCCUCCCACGACCAGCCGACAUUGACGCCGCUUGCUCUCCUGCUUCCGUCCGAAAGUACAGGGAAUUGCUGGCUCAAGCCCGCGCGAACAUGCAAAAGGCUCAAGUCCGCAUGCAGCAGCAAGCCAACAGGCGUCGCGUGCCAUGUCCCAUCCGCGCCGGUGAUCUGGUUUGGGUCUCCGCGGAAGAGUUUGCACUGGAACAGGAUGUUUCACGCAAACUGCUUCCCAAGUGGUUUGGACCAUGGCCCGUAACAUCAGUCGCGGGCGAUGAGCCCGAUGGCCCUUCAUUUGUGAUCAACAUCCCGGCGCAUCUGACGGUCCAUCCAGUCUUUCACGCCUCGAAGCUGGCAACAUAUACACCAACUAAGAGCGACGACAUCCCAGGCCGACGAUUGCAGGACCCUCCAUCUAUGGAUGGUCAGCAGGAAGUUGACUGCGUCAUCACGGAGCGCAAGUACGACAACAAGCCUCGCCAGUACAAAGUUACAUUCAGAGCACGCGAUCCCGACGACACUCGGUGGAUUUCAGGAACAGAUUUAAAAGCAUUCGCGCCGCUGAUCUACGCUCACUACGAGUGACAGAGGUUAGCUCAGGGACCUUCACGACCUGCCCCUCCCACCCG